AUGAAUGCAGAACAAAAUUCCACCAACGUGUGUCUUUUCAUGUUGGAGUAUGGACCAGGAAAAGGCUUAGCGAUGCAGAUUCCUUCACAAAGUGCAUCCAGGACGCUGCAAGGGAAACGCUCCUGGUUCUAUUGCCCGCUGAAAGCCUAUGCUCUACUAAAACAGUAUAGCGGCAAAAUGAAAAGAUGUUUUCCUGUCCUCAACAUUGCCAAUGGAGUAGCCAUCGGUGAAGCAACCCUUCCAAUUUGGAGAGAACACUUCAAAACCUUGCUGAACUGGCUAGCACCGUCAGCUCCUGAACUCGAACACGUUCGUAGACCGAUGUAUGCGGUUAUCGAGGAGCCACCGAUCGAGUCGGAGGUUCUAGUCUGUAUUCAAAAAAUGAAGAAUGGAAAAUCUGGUGGAGACGACGGGAUUAGCGCAGAAAUGCUAAAAUGUCUUCCUCCGUCUGGGAUUCGUGAGAUGACAAAGAUCAUAAUUCCUUUCCACGAAAAGUUAUCCGUCACGGACCCUAGAAAUUACCGAGGAAUCUCUUUGCUGCGUGUUAUGUACAAGGUAUUGGAGCGCAUUAUCCUGGACCGACUCAUUAAACAUCGCGAAGAAACAACGCACGAUGAGCAAGCUGGCUUUCCUCCUGGUCAAUCUACGAUUGACCAGGUGUUCAUCGUCAGGAGAGUGAUCGAAAUCUGGCAGCGGAUUCGAAGCCAAUGCAGCUAG